AUGGACCUCGAACUGCUCCUCAACGCUUCGGACGAGGACUUGUUCGAAGUCCCGGAGUCCCCCGGCGUCCGAUCUUUCCGGCAGCCUUGCCUGCGCUCCUCGGUUUCCCUCAUCCCGGCCUCUCGGCCCUCAUCCUCUGUCGACGACGGUAUCGUCGAGCCCUCGAUCCCCAGCGGCUCCAGGGGAAGCAUUUCACCAGCCAAAAUAACAUACCCUUCCACUGCACCGACAAUAAGGCAAGACUGUUUCAAUUAUACACGAAUUCCCUGCAGGACACCACUCUCUCCCGUCCAUCUUCCCACGAUCUUCCGGGUUCCCGGCGUCGCACGCGACGACAUCCGUGACGUCACGGCACGUCGCUCUGCCAGACGCACACCUUCCUCCUCAUUUCCUCCUCCUACUCUCUCUUCAGCCGCACUUACAUCCCAUGCAUAUACAUCCCACCACCCCAGCAUCCCUUCCUCCUCUCUGGCUCCUAUCUCUGCUGCCCCUUCCCUCCCGGCCAUCUCAGCCGCUCCUCCACCCGCACCAACCUCAGCAGCCGGUCAGACAGCACAAACAGCGGGCCCCAACAGCUCCACGAGUUAUACCCAACCUUUUCCCCCCCUUUCUUCUUUUCACCCUCCCUGCCUCCUCCCCUACCCCCCUCCUCCCCACCACUCGCACUCUAGCAUUACCUGUACUACAGCACCUGCACCUCCUUAUCCAACCGCCUCACACACGGCCAACCUCGGCCUUUUCCUGGCUCCCGCACCUCCAUCCAGCAGCUACACCCUGGCCACCGCCCAGCCACCAGUGCGCCCCCUAGCAUCCGCCCGGCCCUCCCCUGUGUCUCCCACCCUCAGGCAGCAGAUCCUAACCGGUAAUUACAUUGAUCUUGCUCAACUCAUUCACCCUACAUCAAUCAAUCCUCACAUCCCCAGGGAACUGCUCACCUUAUUCGGCCCCUUGGGACUUAAACCGCCACUUCCUGCCCGCUCCAAGGACCUCACAGUCGCCGAGUUCGCUUUUGCUUUCUCACUGUAUAGGGACAUAAUUUGUUCAGCCUUCCCCGACCGCAGGUCCGAGCUCGAUGAUUACUUGUCAUUAAUUCUCGACCUGGCCUUGCGUUUCGGUGGCAAUGGUUUCUAUACCUAUCAUAUCCUCUUCGCCUCCCAAGCCGCCGGUCGCCUCCAACAGUUCAACCAGGGCACGUACUGGGGAACACUGGACCACGAGCUAUACUGCCGAGUUUUCGCAGCUCGCACUUCUCUGCACUGCGAAACGUGCGGCGCCCCUUCCCAUCCCGCCGCAGCAUGCACCCUCUCCGCCCCCCUGCCCCCCGCCUCGGUAACAGACAAGCAAAGCCCAGCCAUGCCAUACCACUUGCCAUCGGCGGCUCCCCCACCAUCCAUCACCCCCAAACCUGCCUUAGAUCACCCGUCCAUCCUCGGCCCCCUCCCCAAAGGCACGGACAGGAGAGGGAGACCUGUCCUCUACCAGGGAGGACGGAUGAUCUGCAAUAACUUCAACAUCCUCGGUUGCAGCUCCUCCAGCUGCAAAUUCCUCCACACUUGUUCAUUCUGCGGAGGAGCCCACGCCAGAGCCACAUGCUCACACAACCCGGCAAAGCAACAGCUGUAGUCAGCC